CCAUCUUUACCGUCGUCGCUUCAAUGACAAACCAGGCGUUUGCCAGACUUGCAGUCGACGUUUCUGCUUUAACAUCAGUAGCUACCUUCAAAUGUACCAAAAAUUUAGGCUAUGAACGUUUGAUUAUUCGUGGUUACCGUGAAGCUUAUGGCGAUACUCCUGGAGGUGGAAUCGAUCCUAAUUUCUUAAAAAAUUACAACAAUGCUAAAAAAGCCGGGUACACCUACAUUGAUGUAUACAUGUUCCCAUGUACCGGAAAGUCAACUUGUAAAACUCCUCAACAACAAGUCAAUGAAUUGGUUCAAUUGAUUAAAACACAUCGGGUCACAAUUCAAAGAGUUUGGUUAGAUAUUGAAGUGGAUCCUCCCGCUGGUAAUUGGAAAUUGGGUUCGGUUAAAAACCGACAAAUAUUGAAAAAAUUUCAUGCCGCUUGGAAAUCCACUGGUUGGAAAUUCGGUAUAUAUUCGAAUCAACAUCAAUGGGAAACAAUUACUGGAAAUAAAACUUGGGUUUUGGACUCAAGCCUUCCAUUAUGGUAUGCUAUUUACGAUGGAAAACCUGUUUUAAAUAAUUACAGACCUUUUGGCGGAUGGACUCAAGGUACAGGCAAACAAU